UGUUCUUUCAACCCUUCUUCCGUUAAAAAAAUUUUUUUUCACAAAAAACCAGGACAUACUACCCUCAACAGGCUGGAAACGAUUUAGCAGCUUAAAAUUACACAAUAAACGAAAUAAGCAGCAAAAUCAACAGCAAAAUAGGCCCUUAGCAGCAAUGUCCGCAAUAGCCCUUCGGCAACAACAAAGUGUCAGAAGAUUGUUGACAACAACUGAAGAAGAAGAUGAAGAAGAAGAGGACGAAGAUGAUGAUGACGAGGAGGAAGAAACUAGCAGUAAUUCUAUGCCUUUAAACAAUACAACAACUAAUGCUUGUGGGGAUGGACGGAGGAGGGAGAUACAAGGAGAUACAAGUAAGGGAGGAUUAUUGUUUAAUAUGACAGUCGGAUCUCGAUAUAGUGACUUUUGUAAAGCAUAUAAAGCAUAUUUAUUUCCUAAGGCUAUGCAGUAGG